AUGUCGGGCGGCGGCGGCGACGAGUACAAGCGCGAGGAGUCGGUGGUCCUCAUCGUCAUCGUCUCCCUCGCCGCGCUCUCGCUCCUCUCCCUCGUCGCCGCCUUCGCCUACUACUGCUACAUCACCCGCAAGGUCUCCCGCCGCCUCAACUCGCACCAGCUCCCCAAGCGCUCCUCCUCCCCUGCCCCGCUGCCGCCUCCCGUGAUCCCGCCGCAGGGGAAGGAGAGCCCCUCCAGCAACUCCGCCAGCGACGGGGCCGCGGCGGGGGCGCUCGUGGUGGGCGCGGAGAGGGGCGUGCAGGUCUUCGGCUACAGGCAGCUCCACGCCGCGACGGGGGGCUUCGGCCGGGCGCAUAUGGUGGGGCAGGGGAGCUUCGGGGCCGUCUACCGCGGCCUCCUCCCCGACGGAAGGAAGGUGGCGGUCAAGCUCAUGGAUCGCCCCGGGAAACAGGGCGAGGAGGAGUUCGAUAUGGAGGUUGAGCUAUUGAGUCGGCUUCGUUCAUCUUAUUUGUUGGGCUUGAUUGGCCAUUGUUCCGAAGGUGGACACCGACUACUGGUGUAUGAGUUCAUGACCAAUGGGUGUCUCCAGGAGCAUCUUUACCCAAGUGGAGGUUCCUCUGGCGGCAUCUCAAAAUUGGACUGGCCUACAAGACUGAGAAUAGCUCUUGAAGCAGCAAAGGGUCUUGAGUAUCUUCAUGAGCGUGUUAAUCCACCUGUUAUACACAGGGAUUUCAAGAGCAGUAACAUUCUCUUGGACAAGGACUUCCAUGCAAGAGUCUCAGACUUCGGUUUAGCCAAGCUUGGAUCUGAUAGAGCUGGUGGUCAUGUGUCGACUCGAGUUUUAGGCACGCAAGGCUAUGUUGCACCAGAAUAUGCAUUAACUGGGCAUUUGACAACCAAAUCAGAUGUGUACAGUUAUGGGGUUGUGCUUCUGGAGUUGCUUACUGGCAGGGUACCAGUUGAUAUGAAGAGGCCUCCCGGAGAAGGUGUUUUAGUUAACUGGGCGUUACCUAUGCUCACUGAUCGAGAGAAAGUGGUGCAGAUCUUGGAUCCAUCACUCGAAGGUCAAUAUUCAUUGAAAGAUGCUGUUCAAGUGGCUGCGAUUGCCGCCAUGUGUGUUCAGCCAGAGGCUGACUAUAGGCCACUAAUGGCUGAUGUAGUCCAGUCGUUGGUUCCACUCGUCAAGAAUCGUUCUACUUCUAAAUCGUGCAACCCAAAUGCCCAAGCACCCAGGCCACUCGACUAG